CAAUAUCCGUGCAGACAUGACUGUCCACUGCAAUCCAUCGUCGGUGCUGGCGGCCGACGGGCCCGAGACCAGCCAGUUGCUCCUCGGCGGCCUUCCACCCGAGCUUCUGGCCCUGAUCAUCGGCGGCCUCUCUCCUCGCUCGCAGUCCCGGCUCGCUCAAACAUGCCAAAGGCUCUACCACCAGAUCAGCCCUCGGCUCUGGCACCGCUUUGUCCCAACCUCGGUCGAACUGCUCCAGUUGCUGGUCGAGACCUAUGGCGAGUCCGCAGACGACUCAACACGGCCGUCCCGCAGCGGGCCCCUGGUGCAUGUCCGGUUCCUGGCCUUUGAGCGAUUCAGGCCCGCAAAUGAGGCAUCCAACGCAAUCAUGGCGCUGCUGCAGACUGUCCCUCUGCCGAACCUGAGCACAGCCGACUUUCGACACAGUCUCAUGAUCACCGAUGCCCAUCUGGGCCAGUUGGCUCGCUGCCCGAACUUGACUACCCUCGACCUCAGCGGCAUCCCCGGACUCUCCGGCACAUUCUUGCCCGGCCUUGCUCGCAGCUGUCAUCGCCUGCGAUCCCUUUCGCUCUAUCACUGCGGCACGCUCGACAGCCAGUUUCUGGAAGACUUUGUCGAGGCGCUCUGCUGGCCGCUGGAGCAGCUGGAUCUGCGCGGGGUCCGAGCAAGCUCUGAGGAGGAGAGCCUCGCCCUGGUCCGGAGCUUCAUGACAAAGUGCCGGACGACAUUAAGGCUGCUGUCUCUCGAUCGAGUCAACGGCCUGCUCGACGGCGCCUUUCUUCUCGAGCCCGAGCAAUCGCAUAGCCAUCGGGACGACUCGAAUCCGGGAAAGUCUGCCUCGUCGCUCCGCCAGUCCCAGCCGCCCAGCCCUUCGCCUGGGCCAUCGCUAUCGACGGGCCAGCAUUGGAGCAGGCAGCCCUCUGCAAUGAAUCUCGAGGGUUUUGUGCUCGAGUACUGCAGCACACUCUCGGAUGUGUCGCUGCGGCACUUGGUCCCUCACUUCUCGCAGCUGGCAACGCUGUCGUUCGCCGGAUGCCGGAUGUUCACCGCGGCGGGAUACCUGGAUCUCUUUCAACACUCGGAAUGCUGCGAUACCCUCAGUGACCUCGAUCUCUCGCAGCAAAACUGCAUUGACGGCCAUGUUGUCCAGAUGAUCGUGCAGCGGUUCAACAGCAUCCGCAGGCUGAUUCUGCGGGACUGCAGCCUCACAGAUCCAGCACUGGCUAUUUUGCAUGCGCGAGGACGGCCCUAUCCCACCAGCGACUCCGGCCGGGCGCUGUCCCCAUGGCCGCUGAAGGAGCUCGGCCUCGAUCGCAACGACAUUGGACCCGACGGACUCAUCCAGAUCGCCCAAGGCUUCUGCUCGACCCUGGAGACUCUAACAGCUUUUGGCUGCCGUGCUGUCAUUGCGAGCUGGCUUCAGGCCCGGAUCUGGGCCGUGACCGGUGCCACAGGGCCGUACUUCAGCACGAACGAGCAAGUCCGGCUGCUCGCAUCUCAGACGCGGGGGACGGAAGGAGCGGAUUCUAAUCCAGCACCGGAUUUCUCCUGGUAUGAGGGCGUCUUUGACAACAUCGAAUGGGAGGGCGUGUGGGACUGAACGGCCAGCCCCUGCACAGCCAUUUGUCUCUCUGCACAAUAUCUAUACACUGCACCCCGAUAGAGCGAGGCAGCCAUCUGCGCUCUGGCGAUCGCCAUCUGUGCGAGCUGGAUGCAUCGGCCUGUCUGUGAGCCGGGCAUCCCAGGCACCCCAGGCACGACAACAGCCCCAAAACGACCCAGACCCGGUUUGCCACGCGCCCGACACGUGCUCAGCGCCCCCCUCGCUCUGCUCAUCUGCCGACGCUCAAAAGCCGUCUGUCGAUCAAUCAAUCGGCUUGC